GACCAACAGUCCGGCGUGACGCCGUCUUCCCAGCAGUUCUCCGUCUGCUGAACAGAGAAGGUCGUCCCGCAGCUCCGCUCCCGCAGACAUCAUGGCCCUCACGGAUGACCCGAACUUCCAGAAGCUGCAGGACUGGUUCCGCGCCAACAGCGGCAGCCUGAACAUGAGGGAGAUGUUCGACAAGGACCCGCAGCGCUUCUCCAAGUUCAGCCUCACCCUGGCGACGGACGAUGGAGACCUCCUACUGGACUUCUCAAAGAACCUCAUCAACCAGGACGUGAUGGCCAUGCUGCUCGCCCUGGCCAAGUCCAGGGGGGUGGAGGCGGCCAGGGACAAGAUGUUCAGCGGAGAGAAGAUCAACUUCACAGAGGGCCGGGCUGUGCUCCACAUCGCUCUGCGGAACCGCUCCAACACGCCGAUUCUUGUAGACGGUAAAGAUGUGAUGCCUGACGUGAACCAGGUGUUGGGCAAGAUGAAGGCCUUUUGCCAGAAAGUGCGCAGUGGAGAGUGGAAGGGCUUCAGCGGUAAAAGCAUCACUGACGUGGUCAACAUCGGGAUCGGAGGUUCAGACCUGGGACCUCUGAUGGUGACUGAAGCUCUGAAGCCAUACUCAGCAGAAGGUCCAAACGUCUGGUUCGUCUCCAACAUCGAUGGCACUCACAUGGCUAAAACACUGGCGCGGCUCAACCCAGAGACCACGCUCUUCAUCAUUGCAUCAAAGACCUUCACCACCCAGGAGACCAUCACCAACGCUGAGUCAGCCAAAGACUGGUUCCUGCAAACGGCUGGUGAUAAAUCUGCUGUUGCCAAGCACUUUGUGGCGCUGUCCACCAAUUCAGUCAAAGUGAAAGACUUUGGCAUCGACACAGAGAACAUGUUCGAGUUCUGGGAUUGGGUUGGAGGUCGGUACUCUCUGUGGUCGGCCAUCGGUUUGUCCAUCGCUCUGCACAUAGGCUUCAAUAACUUCGAGCAGCUGCUGGCAGGAGCUCAUUGGAUGGAUAACCACUUCUGCAGCGCCCCUCUGGACCAGAACGUCCCGGUUCUUCUGGCUCUUCUCGGUGUCUGGUACAUCAACUUCUUCCAGGCGGAGACCCACGCCAUGCUGCCCUAUGACCAGUACAUGCACCGCUUCGCCGCCUAUUUCCAGCAGGGAGACAUGGAGUCUAACGGGAAGUACAUCUCCAAAGAAGGCAGUCGUGUUAAACACCAUACUGGACCAAUCGUGUGGGGAGAGCCGGGCACCAAUGGGCAGCACGCCUUCUACCAGCUCAUCCACCAAGGCACUCGGAUGAUUCCUGCAGACUUCCUCAUUCCUGCUCAGUCUCAGCAUCCUAUCAGAAACAACCUGCAUCACAAGAUUCUGACGGCUAACUUCCUGGCUCAGACUGAGGCUCUGAUGAAGGGAAAGACACCAGAUGAGGCCCGCGGGGAGCUGGAGGCAGCAGGCCUGAAGGGGGACGCUCUGGAGAAGCUGCUGCCACACAAGGUUUUCCAAGGGAACAAGCCCAGCAACUCCAUCGUCUUCAAGAAGCUGACCCCGUUCAUGCUGGGAGCUCUGGUUGCCAUGUACGAGCAUAAGAUCUUCGUGCAGGGCGUCAUCUGGAACAUCAACAGCUAUGACCAGUGGGGGGUGGAACUUGGAAAGCAGCUCGCCAAGAAGAUUGAGCCGGAGCUGCAGGACGCCGCUGAGGUGACGUCUCACGACUCGUCCACUAACGGACUCAUCAACUUCCUGAAGAAGAACUUUGCCUGAGCCUGGCCCGCCCCGUUCUGUCCUGCUGCUGAGAUUGUGUCGUCUGGCCUGUGUUGUCGUUUCAGUGUUGGUGCACAUGUUACUGUAGGUGACCAUUCCCUCCACCCCUCUGACACUUUUCAAAAUAAAAGCUGUGGACCACUGAA